UGCGUCAGGUUGUCAGCUGUCGUCAUUAGUGACGUCAAAUCGUCCAUUGGCAUUCUCAAAAUGGCGACGCUUAUGGAAACAUUUGAGCAGCAGUAUGCAGCGUUGACGGCUGAUAUUACGUCGAAAUCAAGCCGUAUACCAAAUUUGGCUCAAGAUGAGAAGGCUGCUAUGGUCACCGAAGUUGAGAGACAUCUGGAAGAGGCUAAUGAGCUUCUUGAGCAAAUGGAGCUCGAAGUCCGUACGUUGUCUGUCGCGGCCCGACCGAAGUACCAAAACAGGGUCAAGAGUUAUCAGGCGGAGCUCGCACGAUUGCGGAAAGAAUUUCAGAGGGCGAGGAUAGCUUUUUGCGACGAGCUGAAGUCGCGAGAGGAGCUUUUGUCAAAUGACGACAACUGCGUUGGUGACGAUCAGCGACAGCGGCUUCUGGAUAACACGGAAAGGAUGGAAAGAUCAACGAAGCUCCUGAAAGGGGGCUACAAGCUGGCGCUCGAAACAGAGAAAGUCGGGGCUGCUAUAUUGUCCGAUCUGAGCGCGCAGCGAGAGACGAUAACCAGAGCACGGGAAAAGGUUAAGGAGACUGACUACGACAUCGGGAAGAGUUCCCACGUGCUGAGUGGGAUGAUGCGUCGAGCGAUGCAAAACAGGGCCAUCCUCUAUCUGGUCGCAGCGCUAGUACUAGUCACUGUAGUUUUUGGCAUUUAUUACACCGUUAGGAAACACAUGUGACUGUCCAAUAGCUCAUCCGGUUUCCUCAGUGUGGCGCCAGUGCGCAUUUUUACCAGACAAGGUCCAAGUGUGAGCUAAUCGUAAGCUUGUGCCACGUGUAAUGUGGUACCAUUGUUAUCCAAGAUUGCCCUGUCUCUUCUGCUGCUUUAGAAAGAGAAGCCUUUUAUUUUUCAUUGAGAGAGGCUGAACUUUUUUAAUCACUGCAGGUCAGUCAUAACAGUGCACUGGGGACAGAUCAUCAUGUGUAGCCAUAACAACUUGUUUCGGGUGCCUGCUGUGCAGGCCUUUUAUUGUCCACUCCAUUUGUGACUUCUCGAAUGUUGCUGGCUCUGUUGCGGAGAAGAUUCAAUGUCAGCUAAGUAGGUGUUGUCUUGCAGCACAUGUGUUUUCAUUUUUGCCCAUAAAGUGUUGUGCAGUGCUUUUGAUUCCUUGUAUAUACAUUGUAAUUUAUUAAAAGC